AUGUAUACCACAGUGCAAUCGAUGAUUGAUAUUCUAUGCGUGAUAACAUAGGGUGUUGCGUCUAGGGGAACACUGAAGGCAAAAUGGACAGAUGACGUAAAAGAAGACUUGAAGAAAAAUAGCAUAUCCAUCAGGUGCGCAGGCAACAGGGAUGACUGGGCAAAGGAAAUUGAGCAGGUCAAGGAUCGCUACAUGGUAUCUGUUGCGCCAAUAAUGAACAAUGAAUGUAUCUAG